GGAGGAGGAGGAUUGACGCCCACGGCAAUGUUAGAUCACGAUCUCUUCUCCCCGGCGAUAGAGGGCUCCGACGCCCCUCUCAGCACAGGAGGAGGUCUUUCCGAAAUCAUCUACUCCUUCGAUUUCAACGACUCGCCCUUCAAACCCCUCAACCGGACCUCCUCGAACGACCUCGCGGCCUCCCUCGACGACGACUACGGCCUCCCCGACUUCCCUUCCUCCUUCUCCAACUCCCCCGGCAAUGCCUCGUUCGGCAACGCCUCCUUCGGCGAUGGAGCCUUCGGGGGCGACACCAAUGACACGAACUUCUUUCCGCCCGAACUCAUCUACCGCCACGCUUUCGGCGUCGGGACGAUUCUCUGCCUCAGCUACGUCCUCGUCUUCAUCCUCGGCCUCGUCGGGAACUGCUUCGUCAUCGCUGUCGUCUUCAGGACUCCACGCAUGCGCACAGUCACCAAUUUCUUCAUCGUGAACUUGGCUGUGGCGGACGUGCUCGUGAUCGUCUUUUGUCUUCCGGCGACUCUCCUCUCCAAUAUCUACAACCCCUGGAUGCUGGGAUGGAUCAUGUGCAAGUUUGUCGCUUACGUCCAGGCUGUGUCCGUCUCCGCUUCUGUGAACUCCCUCGUCGCUGUCUCCUUGGACAGGUUCUUGGCAAUCUGGUUCCCUCUGAGACUACAGAUAACGACCCCCCGAGCCCGUGCUAUCAUCGUCCUUAUUUGGAUCAUGGCGGUGUGUUCUGCGGUCCCUUACUUCGUGUACUUCGAGAUGCAACAGGUUUAUGACGACCUCCCCGACCUGAAGGUGUGCGUGGAGGUGUGGCCCAACCGCCGCGCCGAGAGGCUCUACUUCCUCAUCGCCCAUCUGCUCUUCUGCUACCUGCUGCCGCUCGGCCUUAUCUCCUUCUUCUACAUCAUGAUUUGGUUCAGGGUGGCCCAUCGCAACAUCCCGGGGGACACUCGCGACGCCGCCAUCCAGGAGAUGCAACAGAGGAGCAAAGUGAAGGUGAUCAAGAUGCUGGUGGUCGUCGUCAUCAUCUUCAUGUUGUCUUGGCUGCCUCUGUACACCAUCUUCGCCAGAAUAAAGCUGGGCCAGGACUUGGACGAGGACGAGCGGGCGGUGCUGGCCAUCAUGGCGCCCGUCUCGCAGUGGCUCGGCUCGUCCAACUCGUGCAUCAACCCCAUCCUGUACGCCUUCUUCAACAAGAAGUACCGCAACGGCUUCCUGGCCAUCAUGAAGAGCCGCUCGUGUUGCGGGACACUGCGCUACGACACGUACUCGCAGUCGACCAUGCGGCGCUCCUGCUACCCGACGUACCGCUCCACCAUCCGGCCGGAGGCGGGCGGCGCCGUCGAGCUGGCCCGCAACACCCACCGCGCCGGCGCCGGCUUCGUGUACACGCUGGAGGGCCGCGCCAACCCGCCGCAGCCGCCGCGCUCCAGGUACCCGGCCCGCCCGCGCUCUCUCGCCAACGGCUUCUCCACCGCCAUCAGCCUCGCCGACUCCUUCGCCAGCGCCACCGAGACGUCCAUCGUGCAGGACAGCUCUCGCUCCUCCAUCAUGGGCAGCAUCGAGGUGGUGGAGGUCGACGAGGACGCACUCAAGCGGGCGAAGCUGGACGCGGUCGACUAGGACGGAGGAAGGUGAGGAGGAGGCGGAGGAGGUGACGCUCCUGCAGGAAGUCGCAUCUCUUGCGUAUCUCUGAGCAGGCUGCAGCGCCCUCGGGGGAGCUAGAAGGCCCUCCGCGCUGAAGGCUCUCCAGGGAAGUUGGCUGUCGCAGCGCAGGUUAAGAACUCAUAACAUAUGAAGCUAUCUUCAGGAGACAAUAAUGUUGCACUCCUAUGCUCUAUUCUCGUGAUAGAUGCAAUCAGUUCAUCUGCUUACCAAAGGACUAUCAACAAAAAUUUUACUCAUGACUGAAAGGGAAAAAAUGAUUUCAGAAUUUAUAUAU